UGGGUCGUACAACAGCAAUGGUUGCCCUCACGAAGCUACAUGUGUCUUGGUAAUUUGACGUUUUCUUAAACUGAUUCAGGUUUUCCAAAGUUAUGACUGGUAGUGGUUAUAUAAAUUCACAGAGGAUUAGCUUUUUGCUUCAUUGACAGGUGUGGCUGCUUCAUAAAGCUUACUUGAUUCUUGGCAAAUUAGAAACUCUUUCAGACACAUUGACAGGAGUUGUUUUAGUUGUUUGUCAGGUAACACAAUUAUAGGUAAGUAGUAAACGAUAUUCAUAUAUUUUGCAAAGAUGAAAGGCAAGGGGAAACCAAGUAGGAAAGGAAAGAAAGACACCGGUAAACUGCAAAAGUAUAUGAUGACAGUUAAUGACUUUGUAAAAAGUAAGAUAGGCUGUGAUGAAACUGAAGAAAAGGAAGAUGACAGUAGCUUGAGAUUUGUUAAGAAAAAAAGUAGAAAAGAGAUGCGCAAGGAGAAAAGAAAGAUGAAAAAGGCUAAAAUAAAGAAUCACUAUGAAGGCUACAAAGCUCUCAAAGCAUCUACUUGUGACAGUGAGACAGUUACAACCACAACUGAUAAACAACAAACAAAGAAGGUGACCGGGAAAGUGAAGAAACAUGAGCCAGCGUCUCAACAACCCAAGUCAACUCCCAUUGGGACUGUAGGAAUAGUAGAGGCUGUGAAAACAGGACCUAAAAAACCUUCCAAGAAAGCAAAGCGAAAAAACAAACUUGAGGAAUCUAGGAAAAAAGCACUUUUAGAAGCAAAUAUUGCUGAAGACAGAGAAAUCAAGAGGUUAGAGCGAUCUCUUGGGUAUAACAAGAGGAAAAACAAAAAGACUCUUCCACAGUCGUUUGCUGAUGAUGGACUCGAUUACAUUUUGGGAGUAUUGGAUGCGGGGUCAGCAGCUUCGGGUAUGAUGUAUGACAGUGAUGAUGAGAAGGACAAUGCCAAAGAGAAAUUAAAGAAAUUGGAAGACAGUGAAUCUGAAAUAUCCGGCGAAGAGGAGGAAGGACAAGGAGAAGAGGGCAGCGAACCAGACAGUAAUGGAGAUCUGGAUGACAUUGAGGAUGAGGAGGAAGAUGAGAUGGAGGAGGAGGGGGAGGAGGAAGAUGAGAUGGAUGAGGAAGAAGAUGAAAUCGAGGAGGAUGAAGGUGAAAUGGAUGAGGAUGGUGGAGCAGGUACAGAAGAAAAUGAAGACGUUGACAGCGGAAACUCAACGCUUGCAAUUGUGAAAACGGCUACCUUGUCAGCAGGGAAAUAUGUGCCUCCUCACCUACGAGACAUGGGGGAUGAUAAGCGCAAAGCUGAGCUGGAAAGACUGAAGAGACAAGUCAAAGGGCUUGUGAACAGGCUUAGUCAGGACAACAUGGCAUCCAUCAGCGGGCAGCUGGAGGAGCUGUACAUGAGCUCCAGCCGGAAGGACAUGAACGACACCCUGUCUGAGAUCCUGCUGGCGGCCUGCGUCACCCCGGCCCUGAUGCCUGACCGGCUGCUCAUGGAGCACGUCCUGCUCGUCAGCAUUCUGCACCACAGCGUUGGGCUCGAGGUGGGGGCUAAUUUCCUGGAGACCGUGGUACGGAGGUUCAGCGAGACGUACAAGAACCCUGGUGAAGGCAAGGAGUGUGACAACUUGGUGGCCAUGGUGGCGCACCUCUACAACUUCCAGGUGGUGCACGCCCUCCUCAUCUUUGACAUCCUGAAGAUGAUGGUGAGGGCCUUCACCGAGAAAGACAUUGAGCUGGCCCUGUUUGUGCUGAAGAACGUAGGCUUCAGCCUGCGGAAGGACGACCCCCUGGCGCUGAAAGAGCUCAUCUCUGAGGCCCAGCACAAGGCCAGUGCAGCGGGCACUAAGUUCCAGGAUGAAAACAGGGUGCGUUUCAUGUUGGAGACUAUGUUGGCUCUGAAGAACAACGAUAUGAGGAAGAUCCCAGGCUAUGACCCAGAACCGGUCGAGAGACUCAGAAAGCUGCAGAGAACUCUGGUCCACCAGAGCUCAGGGAGGAGCGAUGUGAAACUGAGGGUGUCUUUGGAGAAUCUCCUGGCUGCAGAGCAGGUGGGUCGCUGGUGGAUCGUGGGCUCAUCAUGGAGCGGAGCCCCGAUGAUAGGUGCCCAGGGCAAGAAGACGUCACAACAGACCACUGCUGAAGGAAAGUUCAGCUCUAAGGUCUUGGACCUGGCCCGGAAACAGAGAAUGAACACAGACGUUCGGAGAAACAUCUUCUGCGUGAUCAUGACCAGCGAAGAUUAUCUGGAUGCUUUCGAGAAGCUGAUACGACUGGGGCUGAAGGACCAACAGGAGAGAGAGAUCGUCCACGUGCUAAUGGAUUGUUGCCUUCAGGAGAAGAGCUUCAAUACCUUUUACGCUGUGUUGGGAGAGAAGUUCUGUGAGCACAACAGGCGGUUCCAGAUGACCUUUCAGUUUAGCCUGUGGGACAAAUUAAAGGACCUCUCCACCCAGUCAGCCCAUACCUUCAGCAACUUGGUCCAGCUGGUCACACACUUCCUCCAGCGAAAGAGCCUCUCCAUCUCCAUACUGAAGGUGAUAGAGUUCGGAGAGCUGGACAAACCUAAAGUCAAGUUCCUACGUCAGGUGUUGACUAAGCUGUUGAAAGACACAGAGCCCGAGGAUCUUGCCAACAUUUUUGGAAGGAUUUCGGGAAUUCCCAAGCUAGGAAUGCUGCGAGAGGGCUUGAAGCUGUUCAUCAGUCACUUCCUACUGAGAAAUGGCAAGUCACAGGGACCAGCUGAGCAAGCAGACCUUCUGUCGGAAAGAGCCGAGGUAGCAACCAAGGCCAUGGAGGCCAAAGAGACUAAACUAAAACUGUAAAGCACACAGACACAACAGGAAUAAAUGUUAGAAGAACACAGGCCCUGUUGGGACAAAUAGGUAUUUAUUAGAAAUAUGGAGGAAACGUAUUUCCUACACUGAAGCUAUUCAUGUUUGUUUGUGUUUUUACAGUGUUGCAUUUACAUGUAAUUUUUGUGCGAUUUUGACAGUUGCCUAAAAGCCUUUGGAAUGGAAAUGAGUCCACUGGGAGUUCUUAGUCAUCUAGUUCUGAAACAACCGGAGACGGUUUUCUUUGACAUUGUUAACAUCCUUACAGGAAAGGGGCAUAUAACGUAGCGAUGGUUAUGACAUUGUUGACAAUUGUACUUCCAGUACAGUUUUACUCAUUGUAAUAAUUUUCUGUAUAUAUGUACUGAACACCAUGUAAUUCAGUUUUUACCAUGUAUCACUGGAAUGCAGUGUACUCAAAUGUAUGUGAAAAAUGAAUAGCAGAUAAAUAAUUCUUCAUACAUUUGGCAUAUGUUUCCGAUGGGCAACAAUAAACAAACACUGUUUUAA